GAUGAAAUCUUGGAGAGGGCCAGAUGUGGCCUGAGGGCCAUAGUUUGGAGAUCCCUGGUAUAGAGGUUACCAAACUUCAUACAUAUUGUUUUAGUCCACAUGUAUUGACAAAUGCUAUUACCACAGGGGCGGACUGACAACUCAUGGGGCCCCUGGACAAUAGGGGAUCAUGGCGCCCCUGUGUCCUCGACCACACUCAAACCACUCCCAAAAAAGCCUAUGACAGGUACCAGGGGCAUCUCAUGGGGCCCCCUACUGACCCCGGGCCCUCCGGCAGUGCCCGAGUUUCCAAAU